UCCAGUUCAAACCUUCCUGCUUCAUGAGCCUGCAUGUGGAACUGGUGCUGCAGCCUCAAACAAGUUAUAAUGAAGAGGACGAUUUUCUCAUUCUUUCGUGGCUUCACUGUGAGCUCCUCGCUGCCUGGAUAUGUUGUUUUCUUCAUUGCUCUGCACAUUCACAGUUUUGCAUCAGCACAGUUCACAGUGACUGGACCUGACCAUCCAAUCAGCACCUCCGUAGGUGGGGAGGCCGUCCUGCCCUGCCACCUCUCCCCCAGGAUGAGCGCUGAAAACAUGGAGGUGCGAUGGUUCCGAUUCCAAUAUCAUUCAGUUGUCCACCUGUAUCAGAAGGGACAGGAUAAGUAUGAAGAGCAGAUGCUGGAAUAUCAUGGGAGGACAGAACUGCUGAAAGAUGGCAUCACUAAUGGGAGUGUUUCCCUGAGAAUAUACCAGGUCAAGCUCUCUGAUCAUGGGCAGUAUACAUGCUUUUUUCAAUACAAUAUCUUUUAUGAAGAAGCCAUAUUGGAGCUGAUGGUAUCAGCUAUGGGCUCAGACCCCCACAUCUCUGUUGAUGGUCACCAGGAUGGAGGAAUCCGGGUUGUGUGUCAAUCGGCUGGAUGGCACCCAGAACCUGAGGCUCAGUGGAGAGAUCAUCGUGGGCAGUUGCUGCUAUCUGCCUCUGAAAAAAUAUCCAAGGCGGACAAUGGCCUAUUUCAAACUCAGAUUUCUAUUGUUGUAACAGAAGAUUCCAACCAGAAUUUGUCCUGUUCUGUCAGGAACCCACUCGUCAACAAAGAUAAAAUAUCAACAGUUUUCAUAGCAGAGCUGUUUUUCCCAAGGGUCAAUCUCUGGCUGGUGGCUCUGGGUGUGAUCCUGGCUAUUCUCAUUGCCCUGACCAGUUACUGCUUCUGGAGGCAACACAGAAUGAAAGAGAUUCUGCGAUCUAACCUGGCAAGACAGAAAGAAGAACAUCGUGAAGAAAUAGGGAAACUCUUCACUGAAUUGGGGCUUGGGUUGAGAAGAGCCCAGCUAUAUGCAGUGGACAUGACUCUGGAUCCAGACACGGCAAAUCCUUGGCUCAUCCUGUCUGAGAAUCAGAAAUGUGUGAGAUACGGAGACGCACAACAGGAUCUGCCCAACAACCCUGAGAGAUUUGAUCCUUUUCCCUGUGUCCUGGGCACUGAGCGGUUCACGGGCGGAAGGCAUUACUGGGAGGUGGAGGUGCGAGACAAGACUAGAUGGACUCUGGGGGUUUGUAGGGACUCUAUGAGCAGGAAGGUCACACCUACACCUGGGAAUGGCUGCUGGGUCAUGUGGCUGAGGGGUGGGGAAUACAAGGCCGGCACCUCCACCUCUCCCCCCAUCUCCGUGGGCAUCCAGCCCAGCCGAGUGGGGAUUUUCCUGGACUAUGAGGCAGGCAAGGUCUCGUUUUACAAUGUGACUGACAGUUCCCAUCUCUUCACUUUCACUGGCACUUUCUCUGGGACUCUCCGCCCUUAUUUCUACCCUGGUCACAAAGCUGGGGGUACAAACGUGGCUCCCCUGAUCCUCUGCCCAGUCCCAGCCCAGGCCGGAGGGAAUCUCUGCACCUGACAGUGACAUCCGCCGGACGGACUCUCCCCUCCCAGCAUUGCUGAUCUUCCUGCCCCCACCCCCUCACACACAUAGUGGUGGGAGCCAGUUACUGCAGGCUACUGGACUUUUUGUGCUGACCGGACGCUGCCAGUUUCCCUUUUUAACUGGAAGUUCCAGUCGAAAAUCAGACACCUGGCAACCCCUAGCCCUCACCUUUCCUCAUCCCCUGCUGAUGUUGUUGGAUCAGGGUCAUUCACUCCUGUCAGAAUUUUCUAUCCUUGUGAAAUCUCAGUGUAAAAUGUGAAAGAAAAAAGAUUAGUCUUGUAUUUACAUCUCGUUACAGUAAUAUUUUCUAAAUUAGAAUAUUUUUGUUUACAUUUUAACAGUAUUUCAAAAACAAGCACCUAAACAUAUUUUUAGAAAUGUAUUUAUUUUUUGAUUCCUCCCUCAAAUCUAUAUUGAAGUUUAACUUCUCUAAAUAACGUCAUUUGUAUUUCAACUGUGGAAUUUUAAAAUAACAAAAUAAACUAUUAAAUUGUCAGACUGGGGUGUUCAGUUACAAUGUACAUAUGUCAAAAACACCACAA